AUGGAUGAGCUCAAUCAAGAAUCUAAAACGGAUGCAAAAAUUGAAUUCAAGAAGCCUGUACUUUUUGGACGCAUUGGAAAACUACCAAAGAAGGUUAAAGAAGAUGCGGAAAAGCCUCCAGAAGAAAAAAUUGUAGAAAAAUCGGUUGAAAAACCACCGGAACCGUCACCAAAAGAUUCUUUGCCACCAGCGGUUCUUUUAAAAGAAUUAUCGACACCUAUACCUUAUAAAGAGCCUAAAUGGUCAGGUCUAUGUCCUGAUGGAUCAGAAUAUGCCUUAGAAGUAAUAAAAUCAGGUAUGAUUAUUGAGAAAAUAGAACUUUCAAAAAAAGCCUACUAUGUCUUCGGUAGACUGGCUAACUGUGAUGUCAUAAUGUCACAUCCUACUAUAUCCAGGCACCAUUGCAUCCUUCAGUAUAAAGCUUUUGCAGAAGAAAACGAACCACCUUGUGGUUGGUAUUUACAUGACCUGGGCAGUACACACGGGACAUUCUUGAACAAAGCGCGUCUCAAGGCCAACCACUACACUAGAAUCAGAGUUGGACAUCAAAUCAAAUUUGGGAAUAGUACGAGAACAUACAUACUUUUGGGUCCUGAAUUCGAUUGUGAAGGUGAAUCGGAACUUUCCGUAUCAGAGAUCAAACAGAGAGCUCUUGAGAUGAAGUUAGAUAGAGACAGGAUGAUUGCAGCAGCAAUUGAAGAAAGAGAAAGGCUGAAGUUGGAAGAAGAGAAAAAGAGAGAGGAACAGGGCAUUGACUGGGGAAUGGGCGAAGAUGCUGAGGAAGAGCUAGAUCUAGCAGAUAACCCGUACGCCGUCACGGCUAACGAAGAGUUGUAUCUAGAUGACCCUAAGAAGACGCUCCGAGGGUACUUCGAGAGGGAGGGACAUGAACUCAGCUAUGACUGUGAGGAGAGGGGUGUUGGACAAUUCUUAUGCAGGGUAGAACUGCCUAUGGAUGAUGUCAGAGGCCGUCCAGUAAUCGCAGAAGUUAUACACAAAGGAAAGAAGAAAGAGGCGGUCGUGGCAUGCGCUUUAGAAGCUUGCCGGAUAUUAGACAGAGCUGGUUUGCUGAGACAGUCCAAACAUGAAUCUCGGCGGCGGAAACAACGCGACUGGUCCGCAGACGAUUAUUACUCUUCGGACGAAGACACGUUCCUCGACAGGACGGGCAGCGUUGAGAGGAAACGGAAGCUGCGGAUGGUGAAGCAGGGAGCAGUCGAAAGAGAGGUGGAGAAGCCGAGGACUUACGAUGACUUGAUAAAACAGAUAAGCGACAUCGAAUCCAAGAUUGCAUCAGAAGAGCGUACCCUGGAGCGACUUCGGUCAUCGUCAGCGAAAGUUCAACCUUCGGAAGACGAAGACGCUCUGGACCAGUUCAUGAGCACCCUGGGUAAACCAACCAUGGCUGACAAAGCUGAGAUUUCUAAAGCUAAGAUGAACAUACAAAAGUUGAAGAGCGAGCUAUCUAAAACCCAGCGCCUGGCGGAGCUGGCGCGGCCUGCGCACCUCCCGCCUCUCAUCAAAAAGGACGACAAAGUCAUCAAGCAGGCGCCCAACUCUGUUGUCUAUGGCAAGAGAAUAAGAUUAAAAGAAGACUCAGAAAAACGUCCAAAGUUACGUCCAGAAAAGAAACAAGACGAAUCAGAAUUUGUUGAAGAAGUGGACUCUGAUGAAGAAGAAAAACACAUACCUGAGAAAAAAGAAGCAAAAGAAGUUCAACCAGAGAAGACAAAAGAAGUAGAAGUAAAAGAAGGCAGCAGUAAAAAAGAAAACGAGUGUGUUAAGAAAGUUUACGGACCUAUGAGACCGCCAGAAAAUUAUGUUAUUCCAGAAAACUAUUUUGAUGCAGAGAGUUCAAGAGAUCUUCCUGAAAUAAUGGAGAAAGAGUUGGAAUGA